CGUGCCAUUCACAUGUAUACCACAGCAAACUAUUUUACUACGUGCGCUUCGACUAGUCCAUGAUACGAAUUAAUUCAGACCGGAGCUUUCUAUUUAGGCAAGAGAGGUUGCACCAAACAGUCCAAACGCGUCUAGGCUUUCUCAAGGGGACUUCCUAAAGCUUUCUAUAGUUCAUAACCAGGACAGUACUGUGAUAUUCUGGGCCAGCCAACCUUCACAUCUGUGGUGUGACCUUGAGGAGCGUGGCAACUCGAGACAGACAGCAUAGCAGCACAGACGGUGUAAAGAACACCAGCCACCUGAAGCAACUCAAUCACAUUACCAGCAGUAUACCAGCAGGGCGGGUCAAGGCAUGAGGUGUGUGGCAGGGAAGGUCCCGGGCAUCCCUGAGGCAUGUGGCUUGUACGACCCACUGUACGAGAGCGAUGCUUGUGGAGUGGGAUUUAUUGUCAAUAUUGAUGGUCUGCGUUCACACAGGGUGUUGCAAGAUGCGCAGAUUAUGCUGCAGCGGAUGGAGCACCGAGGUGGGUGCAGUUGUGACAACGAUACCGGUGACGGAGCAGGGGUGCUGACAGGGAUCCCACACAAGCUGUAUGCCCGUGUCCUCAGACUACAGGAAAACAUAGACCUGCCCAGGCCGGGACUGUACUCCACAGGGCUGCUCUUCCUGGACAAGGACACGGCGGAGGAGUCUGAGAAGAUGUUCACCGACAUGGCCACAAGCUUCAACCUGAAGAUUCUGGCAUGGAGGACAGUGCCGGUGGACACUUCUUCUAUUGGUCGCGUUGCUCGCACGAUGGAACCAGUUAUUCGACAGGUGUUUGUGACAGGGGGAGACAACCAGGAAGAGUUCUACAGACAGAUGUACCUGCUGCGGAAGUACGCAUCUCACCACAUCCCUACUGCCACCCGGCGCUUCUACAUCUGCAGCCUCCAUCAUGAGAUCAUCGUGUACAAGGGUCUUCUGAGCACAGACCAGCUGUGGAAGUACUACUACGACUUGACAGACCCCGACUUCGAGACCCACAUUGCCCUCAUCCACAGUCGCUUCUCCACCAACACCUUCCCCAGCUGGGAGCGGGCACACCCACAGAGAUACCUGGCCCACAAUGGAGAGAUCAACACCCUGCGUGGCAACGUCAACCUGAUGAAGGCCAGGGAGGGGGUGAUGAACAGCCAGGUGUAUGGGGACAAGCUGAAGAUGGUCUACCCCGUGGUGGAGGAGGGCAUGUCCGACUCCGGCUGUGUCGACAACGUCCUGGAGUUUCUCUGCAUGGCUGGAGGCAGGUCCCUCCCAGAGGCUGUGAUGACCAUGGUGCCAGAGGCAUGGCAGAAUGACAAGAACAUGGGCAUGGACAAGAAGGCUUUCUAUAGGUGGAGCGCCUUUGCCAUGGAACCCUGGGAUGGACCUGCUCUGCUCACAUUCACUGAUGGACGAUACAUUGGAGCCAUUCUUGAUCGCAACGGCCUGCGUCCAUCUCGGUUCUACGUGACUAAAGAUAACUUCAUGUACAUGUCCAGUGAGGUGGGCGUCACCAACAGAUUGCCAAGUGAGGUCAUUCAGAAGGGUCGACUGAAGCCAGGACGUAUGUUGCUGGUGGACACAAAGGAGAAAGUCUUCAUGAAGGACGAAGUCCUCAAGUCACAGAUUUGCUCCAUCAGACCAGUGGGCAAGUGGUUGUCCGAGACUAUAUCUAUGGCCGAGCUGCAGAGGUCUUACAACUCAGGCAGCCUUGACCCCCCUGAGGUCGAGCGGCAUGACCUUGGCCGCGGGAGCGGGAGCUGUGUGGAGGAGGAUUCUCGACUGCCGAUGUUUGGCUACACCAUUGAGGCUCUCAACAUGUUGGUCCUGCCCAUGAUCAGGGACAAGAAAGAAGCUCUUGGUUCAAUGGGAAACGAUGCUCCCCUGGCUUGCCUGUCCCGCUUCAACCCACUUGUGUUUGAGUACUUCAAGCAGCUGUUUGCCCAGGUCACCAACCCUCCCAUUGACCCCUUCAGGGAGAAAAUCGUCAUGUCACUUGCAUGCCCUGUGGGUCCGGAGGCGAACAUCCUGGAACCGAGCGCAGAGCAGUGCCAGCGACUGUGGCUGGAGCAGCCCAUCCUCUCACUGUGGGACAUGGAGGUGCUGAGGAACUGCAACCACAAGGGGUGGAAGACCAAGGUGAUCGACAUGGUGUUCCCAGUUGAGGCAGGCCCGGACGGACUUCUACCAGCCCUCAAUUCAGUGUGUGAGCAGGCAGCCACAGCAGCAGACGGCGACUACAAGCUCAUUGUCCUUUGUCAGACAGGAAUGGCACUAAAAGGUGGGGCUCCCACUUUCUCGCUGCUGGCAGUGGGUGCAGUCCAUCACUACCUGAUUGACCGCAAACUCCGAAUGAAGGUUGGACUUAUUGUAGAGACAGGGGAAGCAAGAGAGGUGCACCACCUGUGUACACUGCUUGGCUAUGGUGUGGAUGCCAUCUGCCCCUACCUGGUGUUUGAGACAGUGCGGCGGCUGAGGGAACAGGGCAUCCUGGACCCCCCACUAGCGGAUGAGGAGAUCUACAUGAACUUCCGGGCUGCAUGUGCUCGGGGCAUCUCCAAGGUGAUGGCCAAGAUGGGGAUCUCCACUCUACACAGCUACAAGGGGGCCCAGAUCUUUGAGGCAGUUGGUCUGGACAAAGAGGUCAUUGACCGUUGCUUUGAGGGAACAGCCUCCAGGAUUGGGGGUGCCAACUUUAAGGUGCUAGCUACAGAGCUAUUGAACCGUCACUCUGUUGCCUACAAGUCUCGAGACUGUGACAACAUCAUCGUGGCUGAUCCUGGCUUCUACCACUGGAGAGAUGGGGGUGAGAAACACAUGAACGACCCCCUCACCAUUGCCAAUCUACAGGAGGCCGUGAAGACCGAUAACAAGGAUGCCUACGCUCGCUUUGUGGAAUCAUCCAAGAAGUCGUCCCAGCAGUGUGCCCUCCGUGGGCAAGUGGACUUUGUCUUCUCUGACCACCCACUGGACAUUGCUGAAGUGGAGGAGGCAAAGUUCAUCGUCCGCAGAUUCUGCACAGGGGCCAUGAGUUUUGGGAGUAUCUCCUAUGAGGCCCACACCACGCUGGCUAUGGCCAUGAACAGAAUAGGAGCCAAGUCGAACACUGGGGAGGGAGGGGAGAACCCAGACAGGUACCUCAACGAGGACCCACAGUUCAACGCCAGGUCCAAGAUCAAACAGGUUGCAUCAGGGAGGUUUGGUGUGACGAGUUCCUAUCUCGCUCACGCUGAUGAGCUUCAGAUCAAGAUGGCUCAGGGAGCCAAGCCAGGCGAGGGUGGAGAGUUGCCAGGCUACAAGGUGACGAAGGACAUUGCCCGCACACGUCACUCUAUCCCCGGGGUGGGUCUGAUCAGCCCUCCCCCUCAUCACGACAUCUACUCCAUUGAGGAUCUGGCAGAGUUGAUCCAUGACCUGAAGGCUGCCAAUCCCGAUGCCCGCAUCAGUGUCAAGCUGGUGUCCGAGAUGGGAGUGGGUAUUGUUGCAUCAGGGGUUGCCAAGGGCAAGGCUGAGCAUAUCACUAUCUCUGGACACGAUGGCGGCACUGGCGCCAGUAGCUGGACCGGAAUCAAGAAUGCUGGGCUACCGUGGGAGCUUGGGAUCUCCGAGACUCACCAGACCCUGGUCCUCAAUGAUCUCAGGUCAAGGGUCGUGCUACAGGCAGACGGUCAGAUUAGAUCAGGAAGAGAUGUUCUGAUUGCUGCCAUGUUAGGAGCAGAUGAGUUCGGCUUCAGUACAGCUCCACUCAUAGCACUUGGCUGCACCAUGAUGAGAAAAUGCCACCUUAACACCUGCCCAGUUGGCAUAGCAACACAGGACCCUGUGUUGAGGGCCAAGUUUGCUGGGAAGCCGGAGUACGUUGUCAACUUCCUGUUCCUGUUGGCUGAGGAGGUGCGUGAGUUGAUGGCCAAGAUUGGUGUGAGGACCAUUCAGGAGUUGAUCGGACGCACAGACAAGUUGAAGUUCAGUCCAGACCCAGAGAACCCCAAGGCUCAGCUUCUGGACUUCUCCAAGAUUCUGAAGAAUGCCCUUGAAAUCCGACCUGGCGUCAGCACAAGGGGAACUGUCAAACAGCUGUUUGGCUUUGAGAAGAGGCUGGACAACUUUCUGAUAGCUAAGGCAGCUGAUGUGUUCGAAGGUCGCACCAAGCAGGUUGUUAUUGAACUCAAGGUCACUAACGAAGACCGAGCAUUUGCUUCAACCCUCAGCUACCACAUCUCAAGACGGUUUGUUGAGGCAGGCCUGCCUGACAACAGCAUUGUGCUAAAACUGACGGGGUCCGGAGGUCAGAGCUUCUGUGCCUUCUUGGCUAAAGGCGUCCACGUGACACUGGAGGGAGAUGCCAAUGAUUAUGUCUGCAAGGGUCUGUCUGGAGGUGAGCUUGUCAUCUUCCCACCCAAGGAUAUGCCAGCCAGCUUCAAGUCUGAAAACAACAUCAUUGUGGGCAACGUGUGUCUGUAUGGAGCCACAUCGGGCAAGGCCUACUUCCGAGGCCAGGCAGCAGAGAGGUUCUGUGUGAGAAACUCGGGGGCUGUCGCUGUCUGUGAGGGUUGCGGAGACCAUGGCUGUGAGUACAUGACGGGAGGUCGGGUCAUUGUCUUGGGUCUCACCGGCCGAAACUUUGCUGCUGGAAUGUCAGGUGGCAUUGCCUAUUGCUAUGACAAAAUCAAGAGGUUUGACCAGCUCUGUAACCAGGAGUCAGUGUCUCUUGAAUCUCUCUCAGCCGCGGAUGCAACAUUUAUGGAUGAGACUCUCCGAGAUUUUGUUGACAAGACUGGAUCUGAGCUGGCCAAGAGCAUCCUUGACAACUGGAGCGAAGAAAAACAACAUUUUGUUAAGGUGUUCCCCCAUGAGUUUCGACGAGCUCUGAAGGAACAGGAACAAGAGCAGACUGAGAUGAGGAGGCAGGAGAGACCAAUCAUCAAUGGGAACAUUGAGGAGGAUCAGACAUCAGAGGACACAACUGACUCCCAGAUAGUGAAAAGUGAGAAAGUCGUGGACAUCGAGUCUGCCAUUCCUGACUCCACCAUGGAACAGAAGAACCUGGAGCGUGUCCUGGACAAGACUCGGGGCUUCGUCAAGUACAAGCGGGCCACAUACCAGUACAGGGAUGCCACCAAGAGAUUCCAAGACUGGGAGGAGAUCUUUGAUCACAAGCAGGUCAAGAAUGGUCUCCGAAUGCAGGCGGCCAGGUGUAUGGACUGUGGUGUGCCGUUCUGCCAGUCCGACCAUGGCUGCCCCCUCGGUAACAUCAUCCCCAAGUGGAACAAUCUUGUCUUCCAGAACAAGUGGAAGGAAGCCCUGGAUCAGCUUCUCCAGACAAACAACUUCCCCGAGUUCACAGGCCGAGUUUGCCCAGCUCCAUGCGAGGGCGCCUGUGUGCUUGGCAUCAACGCACCAGCUGUGACCAUCAAGAACAUUGAGAAUGCCAUCAUUGAUCAUGGGUUCGAGCAGGGAUGGAUCAAACCCGAGCCUCCAGCAAACCGGACAGGGAAGAAGAUCGCCAUUGCUGGCAGUGGGCCAGCUGGACUUGCUGCUGCCGCCCAGCUAAACAAGGCUGGCCACACUGUCACUGUGUACGAGCGGAAUAACCGUGUAGGGGGUCUGCUGCGCUACGGAAUCCCCACCAUGAAAUUAUCAAAAGAGGUUGUCCAGCGGCGUGUGGAUCUGAUGGCUGCUGAGGGGAUCACCUUUGUCACAGACACAGAGAUUGGGAAGGAUGUGCCUGCUGCUGAACUGAUGGAGCAGAAUGAUGCUGUACUCCUAACCCUUGGGGCCACGUGGCCCCGAGACCUGCCCAUUCCAGGCCGCGAUCUGGAGGGCAUCCACUACGCCAUGAACUUCCUGGAGACAUGGCAGCAGAAGCAACAUGGGACUGAACUGAACAAACCAGCCCUGGAUGCCAAGGGCAAGAACGUGAUUGUCAUUGGUGGUGGAGACACUGGCAACGACUGCAUUGGAACAUCCUUGAGACAGGGAGCCAAGAGUGUUAUAUCAUUUGAGAUCCUGCCAGUACCGCCACCCUCUCGAGCAGAGAGCAACCCCUGGCCGACGUGGCCCAAGAUCUUCCGGGUGGACUAUGGACACGAGGAGGUGAAGGUCAAGUUUGGGCGUGAUCCGCGCAUCUACAACAUCAAGAGCUCUAGCUUCAUCGAUGACGGCAAUGGUCAUGUGAAGGGCAUCAACACUGUUCUGGUGGAGUGGAAGAAGGAUGAUGCUGGACGCUGGCAGAUGGCCGAUGUUCCUGGCUCGGAGAAGGUGUACGAAUGUGACAUGGUGAUGCUAGCUAUGGGUUUCCUUGGACCAGAGAGGAAGAUUGUGGAUGAGCUGUCAGUAAAGCUGGACCCUCGGGGCAACGUCAACACACCACGGAACAAGUACUCCACCAGCAUCCCCAACCUCUAUGCUGCUGGAGAUUGUCGCCGAGGUCAGUCCCUGGUGGUGUGGGCUAUCACAGAAGGUCGCCAAGCAGCCCGACAGAUUGAUGCUGAUCUUGAGGGGCAGACCAGUCUGGCUGGGCCAGGGGGUAUUGUCCAUUCCAACUGAUGUCCAAGAAACGCUGUUGAGUGAACCGAUGAGAACAGGCUACCUGUAGAGUGGGAAGGAGGAAGAGAGAUGAAGGACAAGGUGGUAUUUGGAGGUCAAGGCCAUCUGAUGACCUGAGGUCCGUGACCUUGAUGACACAGAUCAGACAUUCCGAAUGUCCUGGGCAUUAAAAUGGAAAACACUUUCACGUGAACAAUGAAUAUAAUGUUUGUAUUGAUCAAGGAUGUAUAGCAUUGAACAGGUUUGUGUAUCAACUGUUAAUGUUUUUACCGCAAAAAGGUGAAUUGACAGAUGGCCAUGUUAUCAUGGAAAAUGGAUCUGUCACACUUGUGUCUUUCAUAACACUCAAGAUCUGUUUUAGUUGGUAUAGCCUGUUCAUUGUUCAGGAAUUGAAGGAAGUUGACAGAUCUGAAGUGAAGACGAUUGUCAGUAAUUGAUACUGGUUUCAGAAAACUUGCAUCUCUGAUGAGAAGCAGGACAAAUCUUAAUUAUGUAUCAAGAACCCUAAUCAGAAACAUUCUAUUUGUUGUUAAGAACAUCACUUACUGUUGUUGAUGCUGUUGUUGUUGUUGUUCAUUACAAAGCCAGAGAUGUUUAGAACACAGAUUGAGAUUUGACAGGGAAAGCAGAUAAUGCAAUUCAUCUCGCUCACAUGUACAUAUCAUGUACAGUACAUUCUUGUGUGUCUAUAUGUGAUACUUAGACUCCUGCAUGCAUGUACAUGUCGUGUACAUCUCACUCUGGCAUGGUUGUACAUGUCGUGUACAUCUCACUCUGGCGUGGUUGUACAUGUCGUGUACAUCUCACUCUGGCAUGGUUGUACAUGUCGUGUACAUCUCACUCUGGCGUGGUUGUACAUGUCGUGUACAUUUCACUCUGGCGUGGUUGUACAUAUCGUGUACAUCUCACUCUGGCAUGGUUGUACAUGUCGUGUACAUCUCACCCUGGUGUGGUUGUACAUGUCGUGUACAUCUCACUCUGGCAUGGUUGUACAUGUCGUGUACAUCUCACUCUGGUGUGGUUGUACAUGUCGUGUACAUCUCACCCUGGUGUGGUUGUACAUGUCGUGUACAUCUCACUCUGGCGUGGUUGUAGAUGUCGUGUACAUCUCACCCUGGUGUGGUUGUACAUGUCGUGUACAUCUCACCCUGGCGUGGUUGUACAUGUCGUGUACAUCUCACUCUGGCAUGGUUGUACAUGUCGUGUACAUCUCACUCUGGCAUGGUUGUACAUGUCGUGUACAUCUCACUCUGGCGUGGUUGUAGAU